CAUAUUUAUGAAAUCAUUGAUAUUAAUCAGCUUGUUAUUAGCUACAUCUUUGUGUGCAUUCUAAGAAGAGGAUAAUGUAUUGGUGUUAACAACAGAUACAUUUUAAGAUGCUAUCGAUACUUUCAAAUUCAUAAUGGUUGAGUUUUAUGCACCCUGGUGUGGACAUUGCAAGAAGUUGGCUCCUGAGUAUUCUGCUGCAGCUGCUGAAUUGAAAAAGAUUGGAGGAGACAAUUACGUGCCUUUGGCAAAGGUUGAUGCUACAGCUGAAGCAUCAGUGGCUGAAAAAUUCUCCAUCUAAGGAUAUCCAACAAUAAAAUUCUUCAUUAGUGGUCAAGCAAUUGAUUAUGAAGGAGGAAGAACAACAAAUGAAAUUGUUGCUUGGAUUAACAAGAAAUCAGGACCCCCAUCUACAGAAUUAAAUACAGUCGAAGACAUCGAAAAAUUCUUAGAAAGGGUAUCAAGUACUCCAAUUCUUGUCUAUUUUGGAUCAACAACAGACAAUAAUGAUUAUAAUACCUUCAUUGAACUUGCAUAAUAGAAUGAUAAAGUUACAUUCGCACACACCUUAAAUUUAGAAUUAGCUGAGAAAUACAAUGUUAGAGGAAAGAUAGUCCUCUUCAAAUCCUUCGAUGAGAAGAGAAACGAUUUUGAUUAAUCAGUGACAUUACCUAACUUAGAAAGUUUCAUAAAUAGCUAUGCUAAUCCAAUCCUCUUACCAUUCAACGAUAAAGCAAUCAACAUCGUUUUCUAAUAGAGAAACAACGCCGUCAUUUUAUUCACAGAUGAUUCUGAUGCUGGUGUUGCUGCAUUCGAUGCCUUCGCUGCCGUUGCCGGUUCAUUCAAAGAUAGAAUCAAAUUCUCAUACUCCAAACCAAAUGAUGGAUCAGGUUUAUUCCACAGAUUAGCUGAAUAUAUUGGUGCCAGCACUACUAAUGUUCCUAAUGUGAUGUUAUAUGACUAAUUGGGAGGAAAUGGUAAAUACAGAUUCGAAGGUGAAAUCACAACUGAAUCAUUAAGAACCUUCUUAACAAACUUCUUUGACGGAUCAUUAACAAGAUAUAUGAAAUCAGAAGAAGUACCUGCUACCAAUGAUGAACCAGUUAAGAUUGUUGUUGGCAAAAACUUCAAAGAUUUAGUCCUCAAUAAUGAUAAGGAUGUUUUGAUUGAAUUCUAUGCUCCUUGGUGUGGUCAUUGCAAACAAUUGGCUCCAAUUUAUGAAGGUUUAGCUAAGAAAUUGUUAGUUAAUCCAAAUAUCAUUAUUGCUAAGUGUGAUGCUACAGCUAACGAGAUUGAAGGUGUCAAUAUUGAAUCAUUCCCAACAAUCAAAUUCUGGAAGAAUGGAUAAAAGAAUUAAAUCAUAGAUUAUAGCAGUGGAAGAGAUGAGGCCAACUUCAUUUCCUUCUUAAAAGAAAACACUUCACAUUAAUGGGUUGAUCUUGAUAGAGUAGAAGAAUUAUGAGUGUAUGUAUUUUCAUUUCAUAAAAAAAUAUCCAAUAUUUUAUUAUAAUUU